GCAACUAGAGCAGCCGUGUCUCUCAGGCUUAAGGAAGAAGGGAGCCGGCUGCUUCUGUGGAUUACAGGAACGUCAGUAAGCCGGGCUGGGCUGGAAGGAGUUUUGACUCAUCUCGUUUUCCCUUCAAUCUGUCUUGCCGCGUCUUCCAGCUCCUACUGUGUCUGUUGCUCUUCCUACUGUGUGCUGUAUCAUCUGAGAUCAUUCAGAAGAGAUGUGUGGGGUGCUAGCUGUUAGCAGCGCUGGGUACUGAGAGAGAAAGGCACAGGAGAAGAGGGGAGGAUGCCGGCCCCCCUCAGGAUGAGGAGGGGGGCCUGCAGGUCGGCUAUCCCGUCUCUCUCAACCAUCGCUGAGGAAGAGGAGGGACAGCGGAGCCGAAAGAGAAGGAGGAAAGGAGGAGGCUCUGACUACCUUCUCAGAACAGAUGAGAAGUCGUCAUGGAGUCGACCGGACUCAUCUGCUUCUGGACAGUACACCUACACCGUUCCCAGCCCUACAGAGAUUCACAUAGUUACAAGACCAGAGCCUCUCAUGCUGAAGAACGAUGAAAGGCAGAGACUCGCCCGUGAACGGAGGGAGGUGCUGGAGAAGCAGAGUGCUGCACGGGGUUCCAAGUGGUUGGAGAGAGAGGAGAAGGCCCGACAGUUUCAUGAGAGACAGCUGGAGGAGCGCAGGAAAAAGCUGGAGGAGCAGCGGGUGAAAGAGGAAAGGAGACGCGCUGCUGUGGAGGAGAAACGACGACAGAAACUAGAGGAGGAGAAGGCUCGAUAUGAGGCUGUUAUCAGGAGAACUAUGGAGAGGAGUCAGAGAGCCAGGCCGAAGUCGAACCGCUGGAGCUGGGGUGGAACGCUCUCUGCUAGCACCUCACACAACAGCGGUUUUGAUGAUUCUGCUCUCUUUUCGUUGGAUCUAGCUGGGCUGGAGCACUAUCAUGGUGUUCUGAGCUUGGCGCGUCAGCAGCAAUUUCGCUCUAAAUAUACUGACAGAAGGUCAGUCUCCACUAUGAAUCUGUCCAAACCCACAGAUCCAGUCAUUUCUAAACGCCUGUCAUCUUCCUCAGCCACCUUGCUGAAUUUACCAGAUAGAGCCUUACAGAAGCAGACAUCUCUCUCGUCGUCUUGCUUGAUUAAAAAAACGCAAUCUAAAUCCCAAAUCUGCAAAGAGAAGAUCCCUCAGGACAAACCAGCAGGUAUGCGUCGCAUGCCUCUUACCCCAUGGGAGAAUUCAGUGAUCAAUCGACUACAGACACCAACACACUCCUACCUGGCCAGGAGUCGCAGCGCCAUGUCUUUGUCUGGAGAAGCAGUGACCCCCGUUUGUCCUCGCUCAGCCUCCUGUCACCCAAUGAGCUCCAUGUCCUUCAAGUCCAUCCAGUCUCGCAGCGCUGAACGACCAAUCAAAGCAAGCCUUAAUCUUGAGAGACCCAUCAAAGCAGGGUUCGUUCCUCCAGACAGCAGCACUCGCAGAAAGACCAUCCAGAAUCUCCCGAUUGACAGGAAGGAUAAGGACAAUGUGAGAAAGUCAUGGAGUAACCUGGCAUAUCCCACUCCCAGUCUGAGUCUGUUUACGCCCAAGAGAUCUCCUUCACCUGUCGGUAAUCGCAGCAGGGUUACCAAUCCAUCCCCCAACAGGGACUCUACUACCAAACCUCCUCAGAAGACACCUAACCCCAAAAUCUCCAAGUCUCCACCUCCUCCAGCAUCAAUUCCUUUGUCUCCUAGUAACCCGUCCUUAUCGCCAGGCAAUCUCAGGCCCAACAGAGUGACAUCAGAGAGCCCAAGAGCUACCCCAGAAGGAGAGGGGGCCAAAAAGGAGGAUGCUGAACCUCCUAAAAUUGAACCAGAGGCUCCUGCAUCUAAACCAGAACCUUCUCCUGAAGAUUUGGGAAGUCCUCCAACAACACGGCCCUCUGCAGGCACAACGGAUCCUGAAGAGGCAUCACGUCUGCUGGCUGAGAAACGACGGCAGGCCAGAGAACAGAGAGAAAGAGAAGAGGAGGAGAAGAGACAGCAGGAAGAGGCUGAAAGGCGCAGCAGGGAGGAGAUGGCUCGCAGGAAGGCAGAGGAGCGAGCAAAGAGAGAGGAGGAGGCGCAGCGGCAGGCAGAAGAGAAGAAGAGACAAGAGGAGGAGGCCAAGCGUUUAGAGGAGGAGAAAGCACAGAGAGAGAGAGAGGAAGCUGAACGCCUGCAGAAACAGAAAGAGGAAGAGGAGGCUCGCCAGAAAGAAGAGGCAGAGCGUUUGCGUCUGGAGAGAGAGAAACACUUCCAGAAAGAGGAGGCUGAGAGAAUGGAGAGAAAGAAGCGCCUUGAGGAAAUUAUGAAACGCACACGCCGAUCUGAUCAGAAAACAACCCCACAGAAAAAUGGUGAUGCCAGUCAGCAGAGUGAACAGAAUUCAGCGAGUUCAGUAUCCAGCAUCCCUUCAGUGACCGUGUCGGCCCCUCAGGCUCCGGAGACUUCUGUGACAGAGCGUAGUGAUAGUAACGGACACACGGGGCCCAGCUUCAUUACACCUAUACUGCCCACAUCAGGUCACAGUGUGGCUCUCCAGCUCAAAGAAAACGGCGCUGUCACAGAGGCCUUUGAAGAGGUCAUAGAGGUUCCCAUGGGGACCAAACUGUCCCGUCAAGAUGGAGACGGAGAGGAGGUGGAAAAUGAAGAGGAGGAGAACAGAAAGGUUCCCUUAUUGGCUUUCAAAGAGAACGGCAGCAUGUAUAAUGUGAGUGGACUGGAGGAAAACCCGGCGCAGUAGAGUUCAGGUCAGUCUGGACACAACAUGGACUGGGGGUGACAUUCGAUACCCUUUUUACCUUAUUUAGAUAUUUUUGUUUUCCCAUUAUAGAUGUAUAAACAUUUAUAAUGUUGGAAACGCAACAUGCAACACAGGAAAGAAAGAAAACUGAGUCGGAGGGAGACCCCUAACUGUACGUCCCUUCAUAUGACACUUAGACACCUAAAAUGGAAAUUACAAAAUUCUCUUGGCUUCUACUUUCUGUAAUCAGCUCCUGUCUCCUCUAACUGAAGUGGUGCGCAUUAGGAACCACAUCUUCCGUCUUUUGGGGGGGACCACCAUUGUGGUGACUAAAGUCACAUCUAAUACUUGAAGAAAAGUGUUGUUGCUGUUGUGAAAUCUCCUGUGAAGUGCUAACCAUAAGGAAUGUGUGACAAGAGAAUGAUGUUUAUUGUGUUUGCAUAGAUUUAUGGCAAAACCUUGUAGUUUUGCUCUCGUUAUGCCAGCAAUUGAGUGGCUGAACUCUUAGUUUUAUAAUUACCGUUGAAAUGAAGAGAACAUAUUUUCUUCCCUCUUUGUAAAGCUUGAACAGAUUUUUGCCUCUUGAAUUAUGAAUUUUGCUAUGUUUGCAAAGACCUCGUCUCAUUCCACCCCAACGUACGGCUCUCUGCGCAGUCCGAGCGAAGCAAAGCUGUCGUCCUAAAAUUAUAUAUAUUUUUUUCUGAUAUGACUGGGUGAAUCGAACUAACUUAGGAACAUAUCCAUGAUAUAUUUAACUCAAAAUACAUGGAAAAAAAGUAUUUAUACAGUAAUUGUGAGAAAAAUGAUUAUAUAUCAUGUAGAAUGUGAAGUAAGUACAUUAUGUAAAUAGUUGUUCUACUGCCUAUAAUUAAUGCUGAUUCAAAAAAAACAAAAAAAAACAAACAAUUUUAUUACUUUUUCCAUUAGAUUUUGGGUUGAAAUGUGACCUGGAUGUGUUUUUGUGAGAUUCACCCAGUUGUUGUUUUGAGUAGCAUUAAUCACAGACAUCCAAAAGCAACUUUUGCUAUAAAAACUUAUGCAUAUAUGAAAUAUAACGUCUAUUUCAUCAGUAGAACCCAUACAAGCUAAUCGUUAAAAAUUGUUUGAACGUUAAUAAAAGAUGAACCGAAUCUCUUUAAAUUAAAAUGCUGCUACCUAUGUUUUUCCUCUGCCUUAUCAGAUGAAGUGAAGUUUUGAGGAUUUGUUUGUAGAGCUGUUGUUAAAGGGCUGAUUUUCUUUGUUUUGUUUUUGAAAGAUCCUCUUUAUCAAUAAGCUUUUAACACAUGCUGUCAGCCCUGUGAGUCCUGCUGCAUCAUAUAGCCGUUUCCAUCCAAGCCCUGUGAGACACCGCCAUCAAUAUUUAAUAGGGCUUAUGGAAAACCAAGUAUCCUAUAUAAUGUAGGACAUAUUAUAAAGCCAUUUAUCUCACAAACAGUGUACACUGUAAAAAGAAAUUAAACUAUUUGUUGAGUCAACUUAAAAUCAUUUGUUACCCUUAAGUUCAGUCAACUCAAAAAAGUUUAGUCAACUUGAAAUGUUAAGUUGUACUAAGUGAAAACUUAAAUAUUUGAGUUUACAACACUAAAAAAUUGGCUUUUUAACUUAAAAGCUGUGUUUGCUACCCGGCUGCCUUAAAAUUGUAAGUUGAAUCAACUCAAAUAUCUAAGUUGUCACUUACGUUUCAAGUUGACUAAACUUUUUUUUGAGUUGACUGAACUUACAAUUUUAAGGCAGCGUGGUAACACAUUAUUUUAAGUUGUCUCAACAAAUUGUUUUUUUACAGUGUAAGACUGUCUCUUUUUGUUGUAAUCAGUAUCAGUGGAUGGUCAAUGGACACCAUGCAAAAAAGAACCAGGGAUCAAUUACAUAUCUCAAAAUCAAGAAAUUGUAAAUCUUGAUAUGCAAACACUAAAAAACUAUAUAUAAAUAUUGCACAACAUCUGUUUGUAAAAGCGUGGGUGAAGGUUUAAAACGAGCACAACUUGUUUGUUGAGACGUCAGGGACAGAUUUCUCAGUUAAGACUUAUUAAAAGAGCACUUCUGAUAAAGCACCCAUGUGCCCUUGACCUAAGCAGCAGCACUGAGCACUACAAACUAAAAACUGAAGCGUUUUCUCCCAACCAAGUCGAUCUAUAUGCAUGUACAAAUGAUAAAUCAAUAAACUUUUUAUCUGGAAAUGA